AUGACUUCCAAUACCAAAGUCGUCGCUUUCCUAGGCGCGAGCACCGGCGUCGGGCUGUCCGCCUUGAAGCAUACACUUGCUGCAGGACAUCAGUGCAUAGCGCUCUGCCGGAAUCCCUCAAAGCUCACAGCCAUCCUUCCAACAGAGUCAACCCCAAACCUGAAAGUCAUCAAAGGAAAUGCGCACGAUGUCGCCGCCGUAUCCAAAUGCCUCCAAACUGAUUCUGGCACCAUCGUCGACGCUAUUGUGACCACCAUCGGCGCAAAGCCCGCUGGGCUCGGCGUCGACGAUCCAGAUGUCUGCAAAAAAGGUGCAGCCGCCAUUCUGGACUCCCUCGCUGAGCUUCGAAGCAAGGGAAUCACUGGCCGCCCGCAUAUCAUUGCAUGUGGCACAGUCGGAUUCUCGCGGUUCGGUCGCAGUAUCCCUUUUGUCAUGAUUCCCAUUUAUGCUUUGUUUGUUCGCGUCCCGGGCGCUGACAAGGUGGUUAUGGAAGAUCGAUUCGCGCAGAGUGGGGAGUCUUUCACCAUCAUGCGCGCUACUCAUUUGGUUGACGGAGAGUCUACCACGGCUAUUCGUGUUGGCAUUGAGGAUCCCAAGACAGGCGUUGAGUCCAAGGUUACGGGCUAUACUAUCUCCAGGGAGGAUGCGGGGAGAUGGCUCGCCGAGAAUUUGGUUUUGCACAUGGAGGCGAAAUACCUGAACAAGAAUGUGACUAUCACUUAUUAA